AGGUAUGGACGAACAGGUAGAAACUUUCGAAGACUACUAUGACUCCUUUGACCCUGAUACUUACUCUCAUAUUGAGAGUAGCUCGAAAGAGCCAUAUUCUUACUUAGUCGAUGGUGACCGCUCAUACCACGAGAGCAAGUCCCUAGAAUCGUUCUCAUCUCCUUCGCUCUCUGCCCCCUUACACGAGGGCCCUUUUCAAUCAUACAAUGAAAAUACCCACCCCUUUCACAGUGGUGGUGCUGUUUCCGACACCAAUCACGUUAGCACGCUAGCCUUGACGCCAUCCCGUCUAACGAACCUCAACUUGAACCCUACCUUUACCCCGCGACGGGAUUUGAGACAUUCCUAUGUAAAAGAUAUUCAACCAGCAUGUGUCCGAAAGGCGUUCCAUGGGUGCUCCCCUCUCACCAAUACAAGAAUCAUUACCAGGAAUUUCGGAGAUGCUGCCUAUAGGUUACUGUUUUCAUUUGCACAAUUCAAUGCAGUACAGAGUGCAUGUUACUCAAGUAUCAUUGAAGAAGACGAGAAUAUGGUGAUCUCAGCCCCAACAGGAAGUGGAAAGACUGUCUUGUUUGAGCUGGCCAUUGUCAAAAUGUUGAUAGAUGACAAUAGCAGCGACUCGAAGCUUUGUGUUCUGAAAAGUAUCGAGAAUGGUCAAGGAAAUUCGAGGCUACGGGAGCCAAAU